ACUAUGCAUUAAACAGUUUAUAGACAAGUUUUCGCAGAUCAUUCGUUACAAAUAAAUAUGACAUUGAUGUAUUACGGCGGUUGAUUUACAGUUUGUGCUAGUGGCGCCUACGCAGAAUUUUGCGUAACCUAUUCCGCGAAAUCUACUUUUUUUCAAUGUUGUAAAUGUGUAACAUUAAGUUAAUUUAAGUUUAGUAAUGUAAAACGUAAGAUAGCGAAAAACAUGAACCAUAGCGUAACAAGGGUCGUCAGUACUGAACUAUCUACAGUGGACUGUACAUAGUUUAGUACGUGGAUAAUACUGAAAGUUUCUGGAAUGAGCCAUUUAGAGGUCACGCAAUGAAAAUCUUGAAAAUAUAACUUGUUUGGAAAUUGUAUUAUUUUUAGAUACAAUUUGUUCGGUGAUGAUUUGUAUUUUUGGAAUGCUGUUUGAAAAUUAUAUGUCAGGGAUUUUAUAAAUAUUAAAAAAAAAGAUUUCAGGAGCUUUCAGUAUGACCUAAGUACAAGUGAUUACAAUCACGUCUAAAAAUAUCGAUAUGUGUAAAGUGCCAAUAAUAGUAUAGACGAACUUGUUGGCCAUAUAUUAAGGUAGUGUAUACAUAUAUUUGGCACUUUGUCCGUAUCGUCAUUUUGAGACGUGACUGUACAGAUAUUAACACAUUCAGUGCUAGCGCAAGCCGAUAAGGUAGUAAUAUCUUUAGGUAUUUAAAUAAAAGUAAACAAAAUCUACCCUCAAAUGGCUCCUCAAGCCAGUAGAGGGUAGAUGAAAACAUUACAUGAUCAAAUAAUGUAGGUUAAAGUCAGAUCGUUCAGUGACAGAUCCAGGCGGUUUUGUAUUUGGUUGGUUAACCAAUAAAUGUUAUAACUACCCGAAAAUGUAUAAAUGAUUUGUUUAAUUUUAUUUAAAUACCUAAAGAUACAGAGUUAUAGGGAAAAACGCCUGCGAACAGAGAACCCGCCUAGCGCGUCGUUGGAAGUGAAUGUGUUAAAAACGAUUACAUAAUAAUAUUAAUUAUGAAUAACCCACCAUUAAUAUACCUCGUUUUUUUGCAUUAGAAAAAGGAUAAACAAUCUUGACGUGCCUUUUUAAUAAAAAAACGUUUAAAAAAAUAGUCUUCUUGGUGUGCCAUCAUCUCACGUCGGCGCCCAUCUCUCGGAAUUUACUUAUAUAUAGGUACUUAUGAAACCAAAUUAAUGUAAAUGAUAAUAAAAUAUAUAUAAGUAAAUGUUUCGACGACCGGUCUGGCCUAGUGGGUAGUGACCCUGUCUACGAAGCUGAUGGUCCCGGGUUCAAAUCCUGGUAAGGGCAUUUAUUCGUGUGAUGAGCAUGGAUAUUUGUUCCUGAGUCAUGGGUGUUUUCUAUGUAUUUAAGUAUUUAUAAAUAUUUAUAUAUUAUAUAUAUCGUUGUCUAAGUACCCUCAACGCAAGCCUUAUUGAGCUUACUGUGGGACUUAGUCAAUUUGUGUAAUAAUGUCCUAUAAUAUUUAUUUAUUUAUUAUUUAUUUAUUUAUUUACAUAAUGGAUAUAUACCGAGGUGUUACUAUAAUUAGGUUAAAUCUAAAAUAGGCCCUUGAGGCAUUGUGCAAUCAAGGUAAUAAAUAUCGAUACGGACAAAGUAACAAAAAUAUGUACACACUACCUUAAUGUAUUGGCAUUAAGGUCGCGUAUUGAAUGUAGUUUUAAGUUGCCGCUGUUGCCCAUAAAGUCGUGCAUACAUAUUUUUGGCACUUUGUCCGUAUCGAUAUUUAACACAUUCACUGCAGGGGACCCACCUGAUGGGCGCUCGUGAACUUUGUUCAGAUGCCGGACAACCCGCUGGGCGGGUUGUUUUGUACGCAGCUAUAGACCACCGGUUUCUGGGGUAGUGCGCCGUUUUUUGUCUGGCAGUGAAUGUGUUGACUUUACCAAGGAUGCUGGCGGCGUUUCCAUCUGCAUAUAAAUUGUUACAUACUUCAUGUAAAUUAUUUUUCAAGUUUUUUUUUAUAGACACGUCAGGAUUGUUUACUUUCAAUGCUAAAAGACGGGGUGACGUGUAUGCGCCCGCGCCGCCCCCCACCUCAGUAAUAAACUAGCUUCGCUAUAUACCGGUCGUUGGUCAUUUCGCUCCCCAAGUACUUCCCACUGGCGACGAACGGACGUUACCUUGCGCGUGUGUGUGGUUAUUAUUUAAAAAAUCUGUUUUUAAAUCAUGUCAAAUCUCCUCGGAAGUUUAACCGCGUUUGACCACAAUUCCCAGGAAUGGGAGAUUUUUAAAAGCAGAUUAGUGCAAUAUAUUAAGUUAAAUGCGGUAACGGCGGACAAUGAGUGUGCUUUACUUUUAACUCAUUUAAGUGACGAGACAUACCGACUGGUAAGGAACUUAGUGCAUCCGAAGAAAGUCGAGGAUUCUAAGUUCGAGGAGCUAGUAGCGGUGUUAGAUAAACAAUUAGCACCAAAACGUUGUAUUUUCGUCGAACGGGCGAAAUUUUACGAGGCGACGCGUGACGUUGCAGAAAACAUCGAACAAUGGGCGGCUCGAAUAAGUGGACUUGCUGUACGCUGCGAGUUUGGAGCCCCCUUGGAUGAGCUGCUUAGGGACAGAUUCGUGCUGGGGCUGAGCGUAGGCCCAGAGCGCGACCGGCUGUUCGAGCAGGAUGCUGCCACGUUAACGUUCGCGAAGGCCGUGGAAGUGGCCCAGAAGGCGGCGUAUGCUAGGAGCGCACGUACUACGUCUGUUCCUGCUGCCGUCGUGCAAGUCAAGCAGGAGCCGGUGUACCGGGUGGGUACAAGUCGCCCUGGUACCGGGGGGUCCUCCGACUCUCGACGCUGCUCCGUCUGCGGGCUUAAGAGCCACGACGCAAGUAAAUGUAAAUACAAGAACUACCGCUGCCAGGGAUGUGGACAAAAGGGGCAUCUAAAAAAGGUGUGCAACGCUGAGAAGGCGAAACAGUGUCGUGUUAACUGCAUUCAAGCUGACCUUGAGGGAUCAGCUGAGGCUUCUCAGAGUGCUGAAGGUUGCAAGGAGUGCGAGCUAUUUAAUUUAAGGUACGUUAAUUAUGCACCAAUAUUAUUGGAUGUAGAUCUUAACGGUAAAAAGUUAACAAUGGAACUUGAUUGCGGUUCAGGCGCGAGUGUGAUAAGUGACAAAUUAUAUUAUAAAACGUUUUCGGACACUAAAUUAAAAAAAUGCGAUUUAAAAAUGUGUUUCUACAAUGGUCAUCAAGUCACGCCACUGGGCUAUUUCACUACAAAAAUAACAUAUUUUAAACAAACGCAUGACAUAGAUAUUUAUGUUAUGGAGAAUGGUAGUCGUUUAGGUCUAUUGGGCCGUGAUUUUAUGACCAAGUUUAACAUGUAUUUUGCGAUUGACAAACAAAGAAUUAAUUUUGUUAGUUCGGAAUCGUUUCAAAGUGAAUUACCGCGGUUGCUAAGCGAAUAUUCGAGCCUUUUUAGUGAAGACUUAGGUAAAUUUAAUACAUUUCAAGUAGAAUUGAGAUUAAAAGAAAAUGUUACGCCUAAAUUCUUUAAGCCUCGUACGGUUCCUUUUGCUAUUAAAAAUAGGGUAGAGGAAGAAAUUGACAGGCUCGUUGGUUUAGGAAUAUUGGUACCGGUAACAUUUUCUAAAUAUGCGACACCUAUAGUGCCGGUUUUAAAGGAUAACGGCAAAAUAAAGAUAGCGGGUGAUUUUUCCGUAACGCUCAAUAAAGAUAUGAUAAUAGAUAAGUAUCCUAUGCCCCGUAUCGAAGAGGUGUUCGCGCGGCUCGGUGGCGGUAACCGUUAUACGAAACUCGACCUUAGUAACGCAUAUAAUCAAUUUGUUUUAUCAGACGAUUCACAAGAGCUCACUACUAUAAAUACAACAAAAGGGUUGUAUAAGUAUACGAGGCUCGUGUAUGGACUAGCCAACGCGCCGGCUAUUUUCCAACGCGCAAUGGAGACACUCCUAGUAGUGUAA